AUGGAGGUGCUGCCACUGGAGAUCAUCGACAGAGCCAUCAACCAGCCCAUCUGGGUCCUGCUCACCUCGAACCGCGAGUUCACCGGCACCCUCGUCGGCUUCGACGACUUCGUCAACGUCGUCAUCGAGGACGUCGUCGAGUACGAUGCCCCCGACCGCGCCGUCAAGCGCCACCCUGGCCGCAUGCUGCUGAGCGGCAACAACAUCACCGUCCUGGUCCCUGGCGGCAAGCCGCCCGCCUAG